GGGCUUGCAGGAACUGUGGAAGGUGCAUCAGUGAAGAAAUGGACCAAUGUGUAUAAUCAUGGAAUCUUCUUGCUAACCAUCACCACCAGCUCUCCUUAAUAAGUGAGCAAGAGUGGGUCAGGGGAGAAGGAAAAGAGGUCAACAUGAAGCUAAAGCAGCGAGUCGUGCUGUUAGCAAUUCUCCUUGUCAUUUUUAUCUUCACCAAAGUUUUCCUGAUUGACAACUUAGAUACAUCAGCUGCCAACCGGGAGGACCAGAGGGCCUUUCACCGAAUGAUGACUGGCUUGCGGGUGGAGCUGGCGCCCAAGCUGGACCAUACCUUGCAGUCUCCCUGGGAGAUUGCAGCCCAGUGGGUGGUUCCCCGGGAAGUGUACCCUGAAGAGACACCAGAGCUGGGGGCAAUCAUGCAUGCCAUGGCCACCAAGAAAAUCAUUAAAGCUGAUGUGGGUUAUAAAGGGACACAGCUGAAAGCCUUACUGAUACUUGAAGGAGGACAGAAAGUUGUUUUCAAACCUAAGCGGUAUAGCCGAGACUAUGUGGUGGAAGGGGAACCAUAUGCCGGUUAUGAUAGACACAAUGCAGAGGUAGCAGCCUUUCACUUGGACAGGAUUCUGGGUUUCCGCCGAGCCCCCUUGGUGGUUGGCAGAUUUGUUAAUCUUCGGACAGAGAUUAAACCUGUUGCCACGGAGCAGCUGUUGAGCACCUUCCUAACUGUAGGAAACAAUACUUGUUUUUAUGGGAAGUGCUAUUACUGCCGAGAAACAGAACCAGCUUGUGCUGAUGGAGACACAAUGGAGGGAUCUGUCACACUUUGGCUUCCAGAUGUGUGGCCUCUGCAGAAACACCGUCACCCAUGGGGCAGGACUUACCGAGAAGGCAAAUUGGCCAGGUGGGAGUAUGACGAGAGCUACUGUGAUGCUGUGAAGAAAACAUCCCCUUAUGACUCUGGCCCGCGCCUCUUGGACAUCAUUGACACAGCUGUCUUUGAUUACCUGAUUGGCAAUGCUGACCGCCAUCACUAUGAGAGCUUUCAAGAUGAUGAAGGCGCGAGUAUGCUCAUCCUUCUUGAUAAUGCCAAAAGCUUUGGGAACCCCUCGCUGGAUGAAAGAAGCAUUCUUGCCCCUCUCUAUCAGUGUUGCAUCAUUCGGGUUUCUACCUGGAACAGACUGAACUACCUAAAGAAUGGUGUGCUAAAGUCUGCCUUAAAAUCUGCCAUGGCCCAUGACCCCAUCUCCCCAGUGCUCUCUGAUCCUCAUCUGGACGCCGUGGAUCAGCGGCUCCUGAGUGUCCUGGCCACUGUGAAGCAGUGUACCGACCAGUUUGGGGUGGACACAGUACUGGUGGAAGACAGGAUGCCUCUCUCACACUUGUAAUUCUCGACACAAAAUAAGUGAAACUUCUUUUUACAAAGAUAGAGAAACAGCACAAUCAAUUCCAAAUGGUAUGAGAUGGAUUGGAAGUGGCCAGCAGCAAGUUCUGGUGACAGGGGACAGGGUGGCCUUGGAUGUCUUUGGUGUUUUCUCUAGUGGAAACUAAAGCAAAGACCACAAGUUUCAGAGCAUAGAGACAUUCCUGCUGAGUCGCCUUCUGACCUCCUCGGCAAUUGCCCAUUUUAGCACUGGGCAUCAUAGUUGGUCAGUCUUAAUUCCCAUGCCAAAGGACAAACAGGUGUGACAUUUGGAUAGACGAAUACUGGGGUUGGCUCUGGAGCGUGUGUUUUGAAUUGAACCUUGCAGUCCUUUCUCCACGCCUGUGGAUUUUGUGGAAACACUUUGCAACCUCUUGUGUCUUUUUUUUUUUUUUUUACCAGAACUAGUUAAAUCAGAAUGCUUACUGUCCUACAGAGUGGCAGCAAAUAAAACCUUGCAUUCCAUCAAGCCAAAAUAGCACACUCUGUUGGAGGAGAUACAUGUUUCAGAUAGAAUUGGAGGGAAGGAUAAAAACAGAAAGGUGUUUGGGCUUUUAAGCCAUUGGGUAGUAUUGUUUUGAUGAUCUUAGAGGAGGGAAGAAGAAAGAGAGACCCACUGGUAGAACCAGAAUCGGGCAGAUGAUUGAAAUUGAAAAACAGGUUCCCUUGUAUUUAGGAUCUUAAGGUGUGUAAAAAGCAAACAUGACUUUGCACCUAAGUAAAUUCUGCAUUCUCAUAGUUGUAUCCCAAUUAACCAAAAAGUUGUCUGGAGAAAAUGCUCUUACAAUCUAAGCAUGAUUCUCUAAGGAGACUAAUUUUUUCCCCUUUUGCCGAAAGCAGUCCUUCCCAAAUUAACAAAGCAAACUGAAAUAAUACCUUGAAUAACAAGUAGCCUGUGGUCUCUGUCAUCCUCAUUUCUCUUCUGAAAUGAAUUUCCACCUCUGCCUUUAGGGUAUUUUGUCACUGAAGCUGCUGUUCCCAAGAGAUCAGCAACCUUUUUGCCCCUUUCUCCUAAGAAAGGGACACUCCUACAGGUGAGAGUAUAUACCUUACUGGUGGCUGGACUGGACUUAUCUUGUGAUUUGGGGCCACGGAAGACUGGAAACAAAGAUUUUAAGCCGCCUUCUUCUUCUUUUUUUUUUUUUUUUUUUUUUGAGACCAAGACACACUCUGUUGCCCAGGCUAGAGUGCAGUUGCAUGAUCUCGGCUCACUGCAACCUCCGCCUCCUGGGUUCAAGCGAUUCUCUUGCUUCAGCCUCCAGAGUAGCUGGGAUUACAGGUGCCCACCACCACGCCCAGCUGAUUUUUAUAUUUUUAGUAGAGACAGGGUUUCACCUUGUUGGCCAGGCUGAUCUCAAACUCCGGGCCUCAGGUGAUCCACCUGCCUCGGCCUCCCAAAGUACUGGGAUUACAGGCAUGAGCCACCAUACCCAGCCAAGAUUUUAAGCCUUCUGAGCCUUGAAAUUGAGGAGGUUAAAAGGAAGAGCCUUAAGAUUUUGAUUUAUGUCAAAUCCUAAUUCCAUCAUUCAGUCUUGUCUGGAGUUCUGAACCCAUGAUGUUAUAUUAUGCUUCUUUCUCCUCUUAGCACUCUCAAAUUUCAGGUUUGUAAAGCACAGUUUUCAUUUUGUGUUCUGGCAAAGUGAUGUCGAUGUGUAAGUAGUUGCAGUAAAACACAGGGGCAAAGGAAGACAGGGCUGAUGUGCCCGCUCACCUGUGGACUCAGAGCUAUGUGCUUUGCUCCUGCAUCUUGUCAAGGUGCGUUCCAGCUUUUCAUUCCUGUCAAGCAGAGGCGAAUAUUUAAACAGUGUGGUUGAAUACAUUUAAUGCCAGCCAUUGGAAACUAGUUUUAGGCACCCACUCUCAAAAACAGCUUUAGAAUUUAUGCCCAGUUUUCUUGCAUUGAAAGAUAACUGAGUAACCUGUAACUAUUUUUAAAUAGCAUGAAAUUAGGAAACUUUUGUACAUUUUAUAUACAUUUUGAGAUGAAGAGAACAAUGGGCUGGGUUAUAAAAAGGGUGUAUUGAAUUUAAGAAGACAGAGACUAGCACAAAACACAGAAUUCGUGUUAACCAAAGGAGGCAUUGAUUUCACUUUUAAGGCUACUCACUGUUGUGUGUCCAGGGAAAUUCAUAGCUUAGUAUGAGAAUACCUUGGUUAGUACUCACCCACAAGCUUCCAGGAGCCAGCUGGGAGGAGACAAUAGAAAGAGAUAUCAGCUCUGCUCUCCCUGUAAAGGUUAGUUGAACUAAGUUAUGGAUUUGUGGUCUUUCAAAUACAUGAUGCCUUUAGUAUGCCACACUGAAAUGAAUAAGAAGUCUGAAACUAGGAACUUCAUAACACUGAAGACAGAGAUUCUGCUAAGGAAAAAAGCAGGCAGGAAAGAAAAUGUCUCAAUCCUUUCUUGAAAGCAUUUGCAGAAAAUAUAUCAUUUCAUUUUAUUCACAUCUGUUUUCAGACUCGUGAUCUUAAAAGGCAUUCUGAUCAUAAAUUUAGAAUUUUCAUCCAUAAAAUUUAGAACUCUAAUCCAUAAAGUUAGAAUUGAGCUAAUAGAGUGGUGUGACAUGGCACUGACAACAUAAAUUUUUGUUCUAAGUCAGGAUUUCAGUAAGCUGGAAAAGUAUGUUUAGGCAAAUCUUAGAGAAAACCAACCAUAAACUUACAGCUCUAAAAUUCAGAAAGCGCUAAAAUUUCAAACACUGUUUGAAAGAAGAGGUCGGGGCCGGGUGCAGUGACUCAUGCCUGUCACUCCAGCACUUUGGGAGGCCGAGUUGGGCAGAUCACCUGAGGCCAGGAGUUCGAGACCAGCCUGACCAACAUGGUGAGACCCUAUCUCUACUGAAAACGCAAAAAUUAGCAGGGCAUGGUGGCAUACGCCUGUAGUCCCAGCUACUCGGGAGGCUGAGGCAGGAGAAUGGCGUGAACCCGGGAGGCGAAGCUUGCAAUGAGCCAAGACUGCGCCACUGCACUCCAGCCUGGGCGACAGAGUGAGACUCCAUCUCAAAA